ACUCAUGCGCCUUGCUAGGGCCCGUGCCCGUGUUUUUAUCGCGAGAAAGUUUUUUUUACCAAAAGAAAAAAAAGAGUUUAAAAACAAGCACCACGCUACGCACGAGUAAAGUGUGUUGUCUACCUUUCAAUUGACCUGCUGCGUCUGCUUGCUGCUGAAGAAAGGCAAAAAAACACGCGAUACCGAGGGCGAUCGAGGGUAUUGGGGCGUGUGUGCGCGGAUAAAAAGUUAAUUUUAGGUUCCGUUGUGGUGCAAAUGGUUCGCCGGGGGUCCGUGGACCAUACCGAGCGAGCGACCUUCCGUUUCGUGACCGAUCCGUAGCGAAGUGGCCAAGUUCAUCGAACGACAUGCAUCUGUAGCAGCAGCAGCAGCAGCAACAGCCUUUCGUUCGUUCAGUGCAACCCGAGAACGUGUGCUGGCCUGGAGUCUCAUCUUUGGUCCACCAACAAACGCGAACGCUAACGACGCCACCGCUAUCUCUGUCCACCUAGCAGCAGCAUAACACGCACGCACGAUGAUGGCAUCGUCACCGGUGGUAAGCUUCUUGCGCCGCGGUCCCAAAGCCGCCUCGUUCACGCUGCUGGCAAAUCGAGCACCAACACCACAAUGGCACGUGUUUGUUGGUGGCGUUGCGCAAGGAAUGUGUGCGCGCCAAAUACACACUCUUCUGGUGCUACUGGACGGCCACAACAAUCCGCUGGAACCCGUUCCCAAUCAGUCAGCCGUUGGCCAGCACGCUUGGAACACGAAACGGAAACAGUAUUAUCAGCAGCAUCGUGCGAGCUCCGCAAAGUUCGGAUCAAACAGCAGCAGAACCAUGUCUCUGGCAGCAUCAAAGCAAGACCUGGUGGCGCUAGAAGAGGCGAGACGCUUCAUGGUCGAUUGUUUGGUGAAAUCCAAGACACCGUUGGCGCACGCACAGCAACAGGCGGAUCUGCUGGCCGAGGCCGACUAUCGGGGCCACUUCAGUCACGGUAUGAACCGGCUCGAGAUGUACAUUAACGAUCUGCACAAGAACGCAUGCGACGGUGCGGCCGUUCCGACGAUUCUGAACGAAACACCAGCCACGGCGUGGGUCGAUGGAAACAAUGGGCUCGGUGCAGUCGUCGGUAACUUUUGCAUGGAUCUGGCGAUCAAGAAGGCGAAGGAAGUUGGUGUUGGUUGGGUGUGCGCCAAGCGAUCGAACCAUUACGGUAUCGCCGGUUGGUACACGAUGCGUGCGAUGAAGGCCGGUUGCAUCGGGAUGUCGAUGACCAAUACGUCGCCGCUGGCGAGUCCAACGCGUAGCAAGGAAGCAGCCCUCGGUACCAAUCCCAUUUCGGUCGGUGCACCGGCCAAGGACGGGGAUGGGUUCGUGCUGGAUAUGGCAACGACGGCCGUUGCCGUUGGCAAGAUUGAGAUGCAGCGCCGCAAGAAUGAACCGAUACCACUCGGAUGGGCCCAGGGACCGGAUGGACAUCCGACGACCGAUGCGAGUGUGGCCUUCGAUACGGCCUGCCUGAUGCCGCUCGGUGGCAGUGAGCUAACGUCCGGUUACAAGGGCUAUGGGCUCGGUGCGAUGGUGGAAAUGUUCUGCGGCGUACUGGCCGGUGCUAACUACGCUACCAAGAUCCGCAAAUGGACGCACGCUGGCGCUGACUCGGAGGCUGAUCUGGGCCAGUGUUUUGUAGCGAUCAAUCCGGCCUGCUUUGCGCCCGGUUUCGAGGAUCGUCUCUCAGACAUGAAUGGCAUCCUUCGCAACAUGCCAACGACUGAUCCCGCACUUCCAGUGCUUGUGGCCGGGGAUCCCGAGCGACACCAUAUGGAGAAGGUGGACAAGGAGGGUGGGCUUGCGUAUCACGUGAAUCAAAUCAAGACCUGCACGGAGCUGUCGGAACGUUUGGGCGUGAAGCCGAUUGUUCUUGUUUAAUCGUGCUGGUGCGUUUGGUUGAUCGACAGCAUUUCUUCAGGACAUAUCAUUUAUCCCGUGCGCGUUCCGGCAUGCGUUCUGCGUUGCAUUUUUCUAUCGGUGCUUCAAAAAUGAUGCGAGAUUAAUUAACCGAAGCAAUAAAACU